AUGCUUGAAGAUAUAAAUUUACCAGAAAAUCUUCGAUAUAUCGGGAAAAGUGCAUUUGAUUAUGGUUCCAAAAUCACAAUUUGCAUUAGCUCCGAUGUAAAACUAGAUGAUAGCAUGUUCCUUUCACUUGGUUGGCUGGAAGAAAUAGUUUUUCGUUCAAAUAAUUUUGAGAUAUUAAAAUUAAAAGAUGUUAAGCCUUCAAGAAUUGUAAUUGACUCCAAAAUGAUAACAGAACUUCCAUCACUACAUAAUUUCACAGGAUUGAUCAAUUUGACUAUUUUGGAUAAUGGAAUUCCUGUUUUAUUUCCAAGUAACUUUAUUUAUAGUCAUAAUAUUUCGAUUUAUGUCCACGGAAACAUAGAUAAAAUCCCAGAAGAUGCUUUUGUUGGUUCUAAUAUCUCUGAAUUUGUUUACUGCGGAAAUAACACAGUUCAAGGAAAUUUCCUUAAAAAUGCUCAUUCAUGCAAUUCUGUACAAUGCUCAAGCAUCUACAAACCGAAAAAAUUUGGAGGAAAAUCUUAUUCAAUAAAUAAAGACAUUUGUCCAGAAUAUGAACGAAAAAUGAGCGAAGCUACAAAGGUUGCAAUUAUUGUCGCAGUUUCAGCUAUAAUUAUCGGAAUAAUUAUAACUUUGGUGUUAGUUUUAAAGGUGAACUCUGAUCACAAGUUCAUCAAGCAUAAAUUGUUACUUCAAAAGCUUGUUGUUGAGGAUUUUGGAUAA